AUGACUGCCAUUGCCGUAAUUCAACCAUCGAGACUUGAGAUGAGUGAACAAGAACGGUUCUUUCGGUACUUCCGGACCGAAGUGGCUGCACUGCAAGAGCAGAUGCAUAUCAUCCAGGACCAUGGUACUUCCGGCGGCGAGCGAGCAGAUGCCAUUGAUCACUGUCUGGCUGGUAUGUCCAGACUCUCCAACGACGUGAAAGACAUUUCUGGUUCCCUUCCAGCACAUGAUCAGAGAACAUACAGCGAGGCGAUCAAGGCAUUAUCAGACAAAUUGCAAAAGACACGAGCUCAAGCAGCACCCAAACCAAAGUUCUCUUUCAAGAAGAAAAAUGCCUCAGCAAUUUCCAUCAACGACGCGGCAGAACUAGCAGCAAAAAGACGUCUACUUCAACCGAACAGCAAUUUCUCCUCCAACGCCUCUUCCUUUGCAACAACACCAUUAACAAUGCCCCAAACACCUGCCAACGGACCAGUCGAGACCGAAAGCGACAACAACCGCACCGAUGAGCACACUACCAUAACCGAGGGUAUUCGCAAAAUGUCCUUCUCCAAAGCCACAAAGAUCAACAUCUCAAAUCACAACAACAUCCACAUCAUGCUGCCUUCCUCCGCCACACACGCAACUUCCGGAACCUCUGGCACUGUCACCAACGUCCGCAAUUCUGUCAUUGAUAUGAGUAUCUCGUCGACCUCCGCAUUUGCAACACUGACUCUCAAGAACAUCAAAGAAUCUCUGAUUGUAUGUGGUCAUGUGGAUGGCGCUGUUCACAUCACUGGAGUCAAGGACUCGGUUCUGGUGGUAGCGACGAGACAAUUCCGAAUGCAUGAGAGUAAGAACGUCAGGGUGUAUAUGCUCUGUAAGAGCAGACCCAUCAUUGAGGAUUGUGAGGGUAUUGAGUUUGCGGAAUUACCUGGGUGUUAUGUGAGUUUGCUUCCUUGUUACAUUCGACCGCUUGGUGAAAAGAAGACCCAAGCUAACGAGGGAAAACAGGCUACCGAGAAAGAUGCAGAGAUUCAGAACUUGUAUGAUCAAGUUGAUGAUUUCAAGUGGCUCAAGGCAGAGCACAGUCCGAAUUGGAGCGUACUGGACAAGGACAAUUACAUCAAAGACGAGGUGUGGAAGGACAUCGUACCCGGCAGUCCCAAAAGUGGUGUCGAUGAUAUCCUCAAGGCUGUUGGAGUAUAA